CACCGUCCCGUGGUUCAGUCGUGUCUCAAAUCCGAAAACAGAGCACCUAUCGAGGGGCUUUUCACCGACUGUCAACCGAGCUCCCGCGGCAGUCAUGGCGGCGCCGUUAGCCCACUUCGACGAGGACUGGCAGGACUUUAAUGAAUUCAAGCCGUCCUCGGAGUCGGCCGACCAGCUGGACCAGCUGAACUCAAAUGUGGGCGACCCGUCGGGCCUAGACGAUUUCUCCGACCUGGACAACAGUUUCUCCGGGGAGAUCUGCAGCUUCAAGUCGAUGGAGGACCUCGUCCACGACUUCGACGAGAAGCUGACUGUGUGUUUCCGAAACUACAACACUACGACGGAAAACAUCGCCCCCAUUAAACCUAUCUCGGAGGACAACUACCUGAAAGACGACGAGGUGUGGAACGCUCUGACUGAUAACUACGGCAACGUGAUGCCCGUGGACUGGAAGACGUCGCACACUCGCUCCCUACACCUGCCCACCCUCAACCUCACCAGCCAGGAGGAACAGAAGUUGGACAACCAGUCUUUGGACCUGUCGGACGACGAGGAGCUGAGGGAGCAGAUGGAUAUGCACUCGAUCAUCGUGUCCUCCAUCAACGAUGAGCCGCUCUUCACAGCUGAGCAGGUGAUAGAGGAGAUAGAGGAGAUGAUGCAGGAGUCUCCAGACCCAGAGGACGACGAGAGUCCGUCCCAGUCCGACUUGUCCAUGCUCUCUCAGGACCUCCACACUCUGAAACGCUCCGGCUCCAACACCAGCUACGAGGACCGGCUGCGUCAGCUGUCGGUGUCGGAGCUGACAGAGACCCUGGAGGAAGUGGAGACGGCCAUCCGCCGCUACAGCGAGGAGCUCAUCCAGGCCCUGGCGCUGCGAGACGAACUGGACUACGAGAAGGAGGUGAAGAACAGCUUCAUCUCGCUGCUGAUCGACGUGCAGAACCGGCAGAAGGAGCACCGCGAGCUGCUGCGCAAGAAGAAGAAGAUCAGGAGCACGACCACGACGGGGCCUAACGGGCAGAGGACGACCAGCACGCACGUACCGGGCACGCUCCUCACUCUGGAGGGACUCUCCAAUGUCAUUCAAAAUGGCCUCCGCCAAACUUUUGGCAACACAGGAGGGGACAAACAGUACCUGACCACAGUAAUCCCUUAUGAGAAGAAAGCAGGGUCCCCGUCUGUAGAGGACCUCCAGAUCCUCACCAAGAUCCUCCACGCCAUGAGGGACGACAGCGAGAAGGUGCCCGCCCUCCUAACAGACUACAUCCUCAAAGCUCUGGUAUGAGAGCAGUGGAGACCGAGUUCUUUGCCCCACGUAAGGUCAAAAGGCGAGACCUGUGUUUCCAGAACCGUCCGCUGGACCGUCUGAAGAGGGUUCUGGUAAUUUAAAACAACAACGACGACAGCAGCAAAUAACACAGAGAAGAGAUUGAAAUCCAAACCUUCCUCCUUCCCUAGUUUUUAAAACAUUUUGUUUUAUUAUUUUUUUUACUCUACCAUUGUUGUUGUUCAUAAGAUUUUAACUCUAGAUAUAACUCCCUGUUCUGUAUAGUUCAUUUUUAUUAUUAUUUUUUAAAAUACCAGAGUGGUACAUCCUUGAAUAGCCUGACUGCAUGACGACAUAUCUAUGGAUGCCAGUAGCCAGUAUUAACACCUCACCUCUGGAUUUGGGGUCAAGGUGGUUUUUUUUUUUAAUUUUCCAGGGUUUUAUCAGCAGGCCCAAUGUGAGGGAAAUGACGCUGUCUAUUUUUUUUUUUUAAAUUCAUUUUAUUUGCAUUUUCCAUGGAAAACCAAUCCUGGCACGGCCUGUGAAUCUCAAAGUGCCAGGAGGACGCAGUAUCGAGCAUAAAAAAAACAACUAGACUGUGUUAACGGCAUUAGUUGAUUGAUUGCACAUUAAGUCUUAAGGUUGUAAACUCUGCUUGCUGAUGAUCAAAGAGCAAAACCCCUUUAAUUUAACUGUAGGUUCUUCCCUCGUCGCAUGUUUUGGUUUUUUCGCUCAAUAUUAGCCGUUAGCCGAAUGUUUAAAAUGAAAUAUUUUGUAUAUGAUCGAGAGAGAAUUGCACAGUUUCGAGAACUUUUUACUUUUUGAAAAAGGGAAAAAAAAACAAAAAACGUGAAAUGACUUAAGAAAGUAAUCGCUGGAUGAACAAACAUGUAAAGCAUAUUUUUGGAUAAGGCGUUGUUUUUAGUGAGAUAAGGGACUCUUCAAGGAUUUUGUAAAUGCUGCCUAUUGACCUCUUAGCACGCAAGUAGUGACCCCGCCCCCCCAAAACGUUAUCGCUUCCCCGCGAGUCGCCAUUUUAUGAGUCUGCAGGUACCUCAUGUGACGUUUUUUCCGUCUGUAGAAAAUAACCUGGUCGUGUCGUUAGCUAGAUAGUUUAGUCAAAAUCAUGCCAGCUUUUUAUAGUUGUGAGUUCUCUCUCCCUGUUAAACUGUCGAGUCUUCUUGUGGUAGCACUCUGUCAGUGAUUUAGUCGUGUAGUAGUGGCGUUUGUGAACUCGCCACAGAGUGCGUCUCGUUAGCUUAGAUGAAGCUUAGAAACUUUAGCCAUGGCUGAACAAAGCUUCCCCCACGUCGACGUGAAGAAUCAGCGUCAUCUAUUUAAACACAUCAGUCACUGUGAAGGUUAGUACUGAAACAGCAGUAGGGGGGCGCUCCGCUGAUUUACCCCAUCGGUGUGAACAUCACGUUCAGUAGCGUAGGAGGAUCUUUAUCAAAGCCAAGAACAUAAGAUGUGGCUGUAUGUUCACGUGCUCCUCAGAUGUUCUUCCAGAUUUUGGCGUGUUUGUGCUUUUAAGUCGGAAGCCGUAUCAACUCCACUGAUUACUCUCUAGCAAUGUAGCGAUUAUCUGGUUAUCACUGGGUUAAAUUCGUUGACAGCAGAAUGACAAAAGAGAGGGAUGUAGAAAAACUUGCGUAUUGAGAAAGACUUUUUGUCACGUACAUUUGUGACUGUGGCUUUGUGUCUAGUUGCAAGCAGAGGAUUUUUUCUGUAUUUUCUCUGUAUUGAGUGAUAUAUACCCCAUUAAGAAAUCUAAAGGGAAGGCGUUACUCGCAUUCUGAUAAGAAAAGACUACGGCUUUGCCUAGCGAGGAGGCCACGUGCAUAUAAAUAGUAUCUAUGUGACAACAAAGACCAAAGGAAACUGUCGAUGAGGGGUUCUUAAUAGUUUCAAACAACGUUAAUGGUGAUACAUGUGUCUGUAUUUGCUCUAAGUUGUGUUGUUAAAUGCUAACAUGUAGGAUUAAUUGAGGCUAACUCUCAUCUGCUGUGCUGCUGUGUAAGUGACGUCAACAACUUGGCAAAGGUUUCCACUAAAUAGUUGUUUCAGUUUAAGGAGGAAUAAAAACAAAAUUAAAUUUUCACAAUUGGGAAGUGAUUUUUCCAAUUAUGCCGCGAUGACACGAACGCACAGUGAGGUUAGAAAUUCAAAACACGACACCUGCACUGCAUCAUGGUGAUUAUAGGAUAUCUCAGGAUGACUGUGUAUGGAGGUACAGAUCACUGGAGCGCCCCUCCACAAGUCCACAAGUCCGUCGUGUCGCCCGCAAGUCGCUGCACUAAGGUUCAGAUCACCAGCUGCUACAGGUCCCAUCAGGUCUAGUCAAGCUCUCAGGUACGAUCAUCAGUGUUAGUAGUUUAAAAAAAAAAAAAAGAAGCUUGUGAAAGUUACUGACAUUCCUGAGUUUGUUUCUGAAAACAUUUUUAGCGGCGACACUUCAACUUGCUGCACUUUAAUCUUUUCCAACCUUUUCUCCAGCGCGGAAGCCACUAAAUCCAGGUAGCAUUAUAAAUACAUAUUGACUGAAUCAGGAUUUCAGGAGACGUCAUAUAAUGCUCCCAACUGUAGGUUGUGCUUUGUAGUAGCAGGUGUAGCAAAGAUAUCAGUGGGGGUUGCCGUAGCACUGGAUGAGCAAAGCAGUGGUGAAAUGUGUCAGAGACGAGUAAAGCGUGACUUAUGGCCGGGAGGAAAGAGGAGGAAAGGGGUCGAGAUAAAGAUAACGCACGUUGGGGAAGAUUGCACAAAGGGUUGCUAAAACGUAAGGGGUCCAUUUAUUAUUUUGUAACGCAAGGCAAAAGCUCGUAGUGCUAUAUUUAACUAUUUAUACUAUUACUUGUUUGUACUGUCGCCGGCUAUGAAAACAUUCACAAGCUAGCAUGUGCUGCAUGCACUUUACUGCUGCAAACACAUUUCUCUGGAUUGUUUAUCUGUUUACGGGCGGGUUGAGGUUAUCACACUAAAGGGAGGAGCGCACGAGGCAGAAAAUAUUCGUACUGACAAAACGAUAUCAGGAGGCUCUGGGCGGUUACACACACGUUGUUCCCUGUGUUCAUCAUAAUCUGGUAAAUCUUAAAGGAAAACGAUUUGCAACUCAAACUGUGUACGUCUAUCCGUUGUUAAUAGAUUUUAAUGAAAUCAGGACUGAAGGAUCGCGUCUUCUCAGCAGACAUAUCAGUAAACUACAGUUUAGAGAUUUAUAUUUAUACAGGUACGGAAAUUAACAAUAAUAAUAAUAAUAAUAAUAAAAAAGAGGCUGCCUUUGUAAAUGCCAGAAAAUCUUUGUACAUUUAACAAACUUCUUUUUUUAAUGCAGUAUAACUCCCCAGUUUGGGGGUUUUGUGUUUACUGUCUCACACGGUACUGCAGUACAUUAAUUUAUUAUGUAAAUGUUUGUUUUGUAACCAUAUUGUUGACUGUGAUGGUACAAGUGUUUUGUGCCCUCAUUGCAUUGCAACUCAUUUCAAAUAAAAGGAAAAUAUGUGUAA